AUGCGGAGGUUGGUGGCAGAUAAGAAACACCAUCAUAAAAGACACAGCAAAAAGCUCAAUAAGGACGGGAAGCAAAACCACGUCAGUUUCCCAGAAUUCCAGCAAAACGGAACGGCGAAGCAGUUCUGUUCGGGCGAUUUCAUGAGAGUGUCUACACCAACGGCGACGGAGAUGAUGCUUCCCUGGAAACGGGAAGAGGAAGGAUGCGUCCCUAUUCUGCAAAGCGAGUUCCCUGGAUGGGCAUCCAAUAAAGAAUAUCUAGCCUAUAAUUCACCCUCGGCCACCUUUUUAGGUGGUCUAGAAAAUCCUCGCUCAUCAGUCAUAGGCCUCUUUCGACGUGAGAGCAUCGGCUCUGAGCAAUCCUGCAGCGCCGAAUCUACUCCACAAAAGGAAAGAAGGAAUUCGUCAGGACGAAGUACGUCUCUUCUCGUUGACGAUAGCGAAAAAGAGUCGGAUCCGUUAGGAAUCUUUUUUAGAUCCAUCACUAGGGACAUAAUUCCCGAAGAAGCUUAUGGAACGUCGUCGUUGCGAAGGCCUUCCUGGGUUAACUCCAAUACAGCCCAACGGCGAUCGAGCUUCACUAGGCAACCGACGACCUUGGGAGCAUCCCUAAUGACCACAGUUUCGUCCCCGUCGCCGACACCUUCAGACGACUCGACCGAUGACGCCGAUAUUGACUGUUUGAUGAAAGCUGGGUUCUAG